AUGGCCAUGUUGGCUUCAAAGUCGCCCUUCCCUGCCCCUCUGGGCACGUCAGGCUCAGGAAUGAUGUCUGGCACGGCACAAACAUCAUACCCUCCCUCGAGACGAGCACCAGCUGCACCGCCUGCCAGCCAGUCCUUCAGCCCGACCGAGUCCGAGUUUUCCGACAACGAUGAUCAUGAUUCACCAAAGCACUGGGACGAAGACAAGGUCUGUGAAUACCUGAGGAGUGUCCGGUGUGGCGAGUAUGAGAAGCUCUUCAGGAAAAAUCACAUCAAUGGCGAGAACCUUCUUGAGAUGGACAAGGAUGUCCUCAAGGAGAUGGGCAUCGAGAAGGUUGGCGACCGAGUACGCUUGUUCCUCAGCAUUAAGAAACUGAGGACCAAGGCCAUCGCCGGCCAAAAGAAAAGGAAUAGAGAUUCCUUUGGUGGACAUGAGAGCAUGUACACUCCCGUAUCCGAAUCCCCCAGCAAACCCUUCCACUCUAGCAGCCGUGCCAUGCCCAACCCUUCAGUGAACAAGAGAUAUUCCCGUCAGAUUGACUUGAGUGGCAUGGCAUAUGAUCCCUCCAGGCCAGCCACUUCCUCCAGGCCAACAUCGCCACUCCCCAGUGCUGAUUUCCGAACCGCGCGCACACGAAACCCAUAUGUUGGACAGCAGCCCACUCCCACUGGGUCGCUGAGGGGACUUGGAUCACCGCCAGAUAGCCAGGCAAACUCACGACCGGUAUUAACCCAUACCCGGACCGACUCCGGUAUGGACGGAUCGCUGAUGGCUGCCUUACCACAGAACCAAGAUGUCAUUCGUGUCAUUUCUACAGGGGGCGUCACCAAGGUUGUCAAGAUUGCCGACUGCAACACGUGCGAGGAGGUCAUGCGGGUGACAUUACGCAAAUUCGCUCUGCGAGAGGACCACGAGAGGAAUUAUUGCUUCUGGGUUCUUUCUGGACUUGACCCGGAUCCAAAGCAGUGCCGUAGACUGGGAGACACUGAGCUUUGGCGCGUCAUUAAAGACCAGAAGCGACCGGAGCGCAACCGACUUAUCCUUCGUCGCGUGCCGGCUGGCGAGCCAGGCCAGUCUGAGCUUGAGAGGGCCGCCGCGAUUGCCAUGGAGGAGGCCCAACAGUCGCACUCCCGCGCCAUGGACAACGUUGGAGCGCGUAGCCAGAUCAAGGUGCAAAAGGUUCUCGGCGAAAACUGGGAUAACCUCCAGCCCCCGCUCUCUCCCGUCUCGUACCAGGAUCGCGAGAGGAACGUUUACAAUGCUGCUCGUGACUUAGAGAGACCCGAGCCUCUAGAUUCUGGCCGGCUGCAGCCCAGGAGAAAAGUCUUGAGGUCUUUCGGCGGCCUCAGGCCUCCGAGCGAGCUCAUCGCCUCUGACCUCACCACAUACUUCCCUGAUCAUCCGCGGGAGGAUAUUGAUCGGACCGCGAGACUGUCUAUGCGUAGGUCUGCACGCCUUAGCAAGGUUAACAGCCGCCUCAGCGUUGCCAGCAGUUUCAGCAUGGCCUCGAGCAUCCAGGACGCUCCUCCCAUCCCUACAAUCGCCGACAGCUGGCUGCAGUCGACUCCCUUGCCCAAGGCUCGCCCCCGAGAUCUGCAGAGCAGGCUGCAGCAUGGCUACCGUGAUUCGGUGGCGUCGUCUAUGCUAGACACGCUUCAGGAAGAAGGGUCUCCCAUUGAACCGAAUCGCAAGUCUUACGUUUCAUUUGCCGAUAGCGGCUCAGACUCAGCUGCCGUCAGCGUGACGGACCCCGACGGAAACAUUGUCCGGCACAGCUACUUCGAUGAGGGUAGCACCAUUGGCUCAGGGUCCGGCUCUGGCUCGUUCGGCGAUGUCAGCAAAGCUCUGAAUGAGGAUGGUGAGGACGCCGACGAAGAUCUUCAGAGCUUCCUGUCUGGCGAGUCUUGGGAUGACAGCAAAUGGAUGAAGGGAGCACUCAUCGGACAGGGAUCCUUUGGAUGCGUCUACCUUGCUCUCCAUGCCAUUACAGGCGAGCUCCUCGCCGUGAAACAGGUUGAGGCCCCCUCACCUGGUGCCAACAGCCAGAACGAUGCCAGGAAGAAGAGCAUGAUUGAGGCCCUCAAGCGUGAGAUCAGCUUGCUUAGGGAUCUCCGUCACCCCAAUAUCGUGCAGUACCUUGGCUGUGGCUCCUCUGCUGAAUAUCUCAACAUUUUCCUCGAGUACGUUCCUGGAGGCUCGGUUCAGACAAUGCUCAACUCAUAUGGCGCACUGCCAGAGCCUUUGGUCCGCAGUUUUGUGCGACAAAUUCUGAAUGGGUUGUCAUAUCUUCACGAACGCGAGAUCAUCCACCGAGACAUCAAGGGUGCCAACAUUCUCGUCGACAACAAGGGCACCAUCAAGAUUUCGGACUUUGGUAUUUCCAAGAAGAUUGAGGCGACCAACCUUCUUAACGGUGCCAACAAUAACAAGCACCGGCCCUCGCUACAGGGCUCGGUAUUCUGGAUGGCACCCGAGGUGGUCAAGCAGACAAGUUAUACCCGCAAGGCCGACAUUUGGUCACUUGGCUGCCUGGUAGUCGAGAUGAUGACGGGUACGCACCCAUUCCCGGACUGCACACAGCUGCAGGCCAUUUUCAAGAUCGGCGGAGGCAAGGCAACGCCCACCAUCCCCGAGGAUGCGAGCACAGAGGCCAAGGCUUUCCUGGCCCAAACCUUUGAGAUGGAUCACAACAAGCGCCCUAGUGCCGAUGACCUCAUGCUCAGCCCCUUUCUUACUCCUAUCACAUAA